CUCAAGUGAUUAAGCAGUUGCUGCAUCCGCCAGCAGAUUCUCACAAAUCCAGAACAGCCACUCAAUCUUAAUUUCCAUUCUCACCAAACCGUACAUAAUUGAAAAAACCCAUCCUUUCUUCUACCCUUCACUUUCUUUGCAAGGUGAAACAAAAGAAACAGAAAAGAAAAAAUGCCGGAUACCAGUACCACCGUGUCCGUCUUCUCAAUCCUGUCCGACGACGUCGUUCUCAACAUCUUCUUCAAGCUCGAAGAUGACCCCCGCAACUGGGCUCGCCUUGCUUGUGUCUGCACCAAGUUCCUCUCUCUCAUCAGCAACUUCUGUUGGAAGGCUAAAUGCAACCAAACAAUUCCCUCCGUUGUCACCGAUCUCCUCGGUGCUCCUGACGCUUCGAUUCCUGGAGGCUGGUCGGCGCUCCACAAGCUUGCUGUCUGCUGCCCUGGCCUCCUCCACGCCGGCGUUCUUCUUGAACACUCUGAUUUUGGCCUCGAACGCGAGCUCGGCCCUGAUGAUAAUUACAAUAAGCUCGCGUCCUUUCAAUUCAAAGCUACGCUACCGCCUCCACCGUCCUCUUCCAGCAUUUCUGAUCCUACUUCUGGAAAUUCCGAUUGCUCUUGGUCGUUAUUCGAUGACCUCUAUUACGACACCGUGUACGAUGCCUCUGAAUCACAAGAUGGGGCCUCCGCUGUGAGUGGAGAGGUUAACGACGAUAAAGCUGUUGUUAAGGCGGGUGGACAUUUCUCUGUUAGUAAGAGGAGGAAACUCUGCAAACCUUUGAGAUCACAUUUGGCGUCUGGGGUCUGGAAUUUGAGCCGAGAACAAGGGAAUAAGCUAUUGGCGAGCCGUUUUCGAGGGGAUUGCUUGUACAUUUGUGAUUGGCCUGGCUGUAUUCAUAACGAAGAGAAGCGGAAUUACAUGCUUUUCAGGGGGAUUUUCAAGAAUUUUAAGCGGUCAAGGGUCUGGAGGACGAUAAAUGAUGGGAUUAGGAGCAAGGUUGAUCUAAAUUGCGCCUUUUGUGGGUGCAAGGAGACCUGGGAUCUGCACUCUGCUUUUUGUUUGAGGAGGUUUUUCGGGUACCAUGACGAUGGUGAGCCAGUUGUUCGAGCCUAUGUUUGUGAGAAUGGGCAUGUCUCUGGGGCUUGGACCGAUUUGCCGCUGUACAAUUGAUGGCACUUCUUAUGGGUAUUGCAGCAGCUUUAUCACUUGUUUUAUUAGAUAUUUUAUUUUUGCGGUGAUUGGGAUUGGUAUUGAAUUGGUAAUUGUAUCUGUGCUUAUGUGUUUCUUGCAUAUGAUAUCGAUAUCUGUGUUAUGUACCUUUUCAACUGGUUCGUAGUUUUAAUAUAAUUGUGGUGUGCUAAUUUUCAAGUC